UUACCUUCAUACUCAAAACGAAACUAGACGAUACAAACUUUAUCAACAUAAACAAUUUCCAGGUUUUCCUAUUACUUCCCGAAUCCCUUUUUCUUCUGAGACCAUGAGUCUCUCUGUGCCAAUUCUGGUGGCGGCUAUUGACUUUGGAACCACAUUUUCCGGAUACGCCUUUUCCUUUCGUCAUGAGUUCGAAAAAGAUCCUGAAAAGAUCAGCACCACUAACUGGGUGGCAGGGGGUCAGGCUCUGGUCUCCCUGAAGACCCCUUCUGUGGUGCUGCUAAAGCCAGACAGAACCUUCCACUCGUUUGGGUUCGAGGCGGAGAACAAGUAUGGUGAUCUGGCGGGGGACGGGGAACAUGCCGGAUGGCUGUACUUCAAACGAUUCAAGAUGACACUGCACGGGAAUAAGAGCCUGAGUCGCACCACCACCAUCAAAGACAUCAACGGUGUUGAGAUGUCGGCCAAGACGAUCUUUACGAUGGCUAUCCGCUACCUGAAGGGGCACCUGCUGGAGACAGUCCGGAGGCGCGUGGACGCCUUCACUGACGACCUGGUUCGGUGGGUGGUAACUGUUCCUGCCAUUUGGGACGAGGGAGCCAAACAAUUCAUGGAGGAGGCCGCGGUAGAUGCUGGCAUCCCCCGGAAACAGCUCCUGUUAGCCUUGGAGCCGGAGGCGGCCUCCAUUUACUGUAAUUAUGUCCCUCUGGGCGUAAUGUCAUACGGCCAUGGGAAAACUGGAUCCGCCAGAUUCGAACCAGGAACACAGUAUAUGGUCCUGGACUUGGGAGGGGGAACAGCCGACAUUACGGUCCAUGAAGUGCUACCCAACUUGAAACUGCGGGAGGUUCACCACGCCACAGGAGGGGCCUGGGGAGGGACCAAGGUGGACGACGCCUUCUACCAAUUCCUGGUCAAGAUCUUCGGGAACGAUACGCUGACAACGUUAAGGCAAGAGAACAUGGAUGACUAUAUCGCGCUGUUCCGCGACUUUGAAACAAAGAAACGCACGAUUAAACCCGAUAUGACGGACAAAGUCACUGUCACAUUGCCAUUACGCCUGAUGGAAAUCUACAAGAACGAAAUGGAUGAAACAGUGGAAGAGGCAUUGCCGAACACAAGAUACGCAAGAACAGUUGAAUACUUUGCAGGCAAAUUAAGAAUUCAGCCACAAGUUUUCAAGGAUUUUUUCAACGAAACGUUGCAAGGAAUUAUUCAGCACAUAACAAAUAUCAUGAAAUCGUUUUCAGGAGAUUCUUUGUCGAGAAUUCUUCUUGUGGGUGGAUUUUCGGAGUCGCCGAUGGUUCUGAAGGCAAUAAGAGAAUUAUUUCCAAACAAAAAAGUAAUCGCUCCUGCCGAUCCCGGCUUGGCUGUGUUAAAAGGUGCAGUUUUAUUUGGUCAUGAUCCAACCGCUAUUUCUUCAAGAAUCAGUCGAUAUUCCAUAGGAUUUGAAGUGAAUGUGCCUUUCAUCGAGGGCUUGCAUCCUAAUAAAUACAAGGUAAAGAGACCAGGCGGAGAGGCAAAAUGUCAACAUGUUUUUGAAGCCUUGGUGCAGAAAGGUGAGGAAGUUCCUAUUGGCCACAAAAUCGAGAACUACUAUUCACCAAGCGAAGAAGAUGCAAUAACGGGGAUUGCAGUUUACCAAUCUGAUUCCAAAAAUCCUACUUACACAACCGAGAAAAACUGCAAAAAACUUGGCAGCAUCAAGCUUCGUCAACCAAAUGGGGGAUGGACGGACGACGCCCAAAUUCACGCAGUAGUGGAGUUUGGUGGCACGCAGUUCCACGUGGCACUUACAGACGACUGUCUCGAUGAAACCUACAGGGAUUCCUUCAAUUUCCUGAAGGACUAACUCCUCAGAUACCGUUUCCAGUUGAAUAAGAGAAAACAUUUGUUCAAAUACAUACAAUAUAUAUAUAAAUGUUGACUUGGGUUGAGAGCAACAUUGAUCAUGUGAGUCUCCCCGGGACGCAAAAAUAUCAACCGACGCAAAAACAUUGAAAAUAGUGACUGGUUAAUAUUUUUGGACGAGCUUACAUUAUAAAAAUUGACUACCUUGCGUGGUUAUCAGUAUAGUCUAUAUAGAGUCAUGGUGUAUAUACGGAGAAUACAUGUAAAUAACCGAAUUAAGAAUUAAUAACGUUUACAACAUUGUUCAGUGUUGUCUUAUUUGAUACGUGUAGAGUCGACAAUGGGUUAUUUCGUGAUUUGUGACUGAUCACUCAGAGCACGGAAUGCACGGUCUGACGUCAAACUUUUCAAUCUAUUGAGUAUUGACAAACCUCUCCCAAUUCCGUUGCUUUAUUGUAAGAAUCGGUUGAGGUGUAUAUAAAGAAAAAUAUACUGUAGCUAGCCUAUACUGGUAAUUCAUGUUCUUCUCACUUUAUAUAGAUAAUUAAAAAUAGAUUCAGAGUAGGAGAAUUAAUUAUAAAAAGUUGAGUGCGAAUUUAGUGCUGUAAAUGGAUACGGUAAAUAUGUCGCAUCAUGUGACACACAAAAAUAAUCAGUUUUCAGCUCUCAAUUAAGUGAGCUUUUCUGAUCACUUUUGGUCCGGCAGUCCGUCUGUCUGUUUGUCCGUCUGUAAACUUUUUACAUUUUCGACUUCUUCUCCGGAACCACUAAACCGAUUUCAACCAAACUUGGCAAAAAGCACCUUUAUGUGAAGGGGAUUCAAUUUUUUUUUUCAAAUGAAGGGAGAUAAUUAACAAUUAUUAAAUAUCUGUAAGUAUCUUUGAAAAUAUCUUUCUCUGGAAAAAAUAAUCGUCCAGAAAAGUUGUAAUGUGUGUGGAAGCAUCCUCAAGUAGUGUAGAUUCAAGUUUGCUCAAAUCAUGAUCCCCAUGGGUAUGGUGGGGCCACCUCGAUUGGUCAAAUAUUUACAUAGGUAUAUAGAGAAAAAUCUUCUCAAAAACCAAUUUGCCAGAUAAGCUGUAACUUGUGACGAAGCAUCUUCAGGUAGUGUAGAUUCAAGUUCGUUUAAAUCAUGAUCCUCAGGUAGUACGGUGGGGCCACCACCUGGGGUCGAAUUUUUGAUUAGGAAAUAUAUAGAGUAAAAUCUUCUCUCAAAAACCAAUUGGCUAGAAAAACUAAAACUUGUGUGGAAGCAUCCUCAUAUAGUGUACAUUCAAGUUUGUUCAAAUCAUGAUCCCCGGGGUAUGAUGGGGCCAAUUGGGAGGGGGUCAAAUUUUUAAAUAGGAAGAUUAGAGAAAAAUAUUUAAAAAUCUUCUUGAAAAGCAUUCAGCCCAAGAAGCAGUAACUUGUUGAAAGCACAGGCUGUGCAGAUUACAGUUCAAUCAAACCAUGAUUUCAUAGAGAAAAGUGGGGCCACAC